CAACCAACACCCCAACUCAACAACCCAAACCCCAACACUCAACCCAAACACUACGCCAACCACCCCGCAAACCUCGGAACCAACCCCCCCAACCACAACCAAAACCCCCCUCAAGCCACCCCAACCAACCACCUCCAACCAACCCCAAACCAACCCCCCCCCACACCAAGUUCCCCAACACACAACCCCAGACCAACCCGGAAACCCAUACCACCAACCCACACAACCUCCCCCAUCCAAACCCACACCCCCACCAACCUACACCCACAACCCCCGAAACAAACCCAAACCCAAAACCCCAACAACCCCCGCCCCAACCUCCAAACCAACACCCCCACACCCAACCAUACCCCCACCCCCCACCCCAACCCCCCCCCACACCAACCCAACAAACCCAACCCCCGCAAGCCCCACACCCGAACACACAACAACCCCGACCACCCCCGCCAACCCGACCUCCAAAACCACACACAACAACCACCCCCCCAAGCCCUCAACCCCUCAACCUCAAAUGCCGUCCAACCCCCGAAAAUCCAAGCCAAACCAUCCACCCCCAUGCACACCUCGAAGACACACCAACCAAAUCACUACCAAACCCCCAGACAACACCACCCCCCCACUUCAGAUUCCGCCAACCCCAACACCCAAAAACCCGCCCCAAAACAAACCCCCAAAACCCCACCAACCCCAUAACUGCGUCCCCCAACCCCAACCCAAUACCCACGCAACCUACAUCACCAAACAACUCUCCCCCACACCCGCCCCCCACCCCCACCCCCAAUGCACCCGCCGCAUCAAAACCCCAACCCAACCAACCCCCCGCAAACCACCACCGCAACCCACCAAACCAACCCAUCCCCCCCAAACACAAUACACCACACCAACAACCAAACAACAACCUAACCCAUAAACCAAAACUAAAUCCACCUAACCCUAGCCCCAAACAAACCAACCCACCCCAUCAACCACAGACCAACACCAACAACUCCAACCAAAAACAACAAACCCCCUCAUACCAACACCCAACACCAAACCCAAACCAAACCCCAACCCACUAA